AUGAACUAUCCUAAAGCUUUAGUUGUAUUUCUGAUAUCUUUCGCUAUCCUCAACGUUGGUAUCUUUGCCAUCACUGUUUCUCAAGAUUUUACCAAUGCAUUUGAUGCAGCUGUCCAAGCAAUGAUUACUGACAGCGAAUGGAAUAAAUUCUAUUCUGACACGAUGUAUUUUACAGUGCCAACAUGUACAAGUGCAACUGUCAAAUGGCCAACUAAGAAUCCAUUCAUUGGUAGAAGUGGUUUAAACAUGUGUUUCGAAACUGGAACUUUAUCUCCGUGGUUAGAAACCAAGACGAAAAUUGCUCAAAUGGUUGUUCAAAAGAUUAAUUCACACUAUGGAACAAGUUAUAAUGCAAAUAUUUUGAGAUUUAAUACAAGUGCAUUGGGAUUCUUUGAUACGAUGAAAAAUGCUGUGAAUAAUGGAGAUUGUGAUAUGAUAACUGCUAAUAUUCUUGUUACUGCCGAAAGAAGUUCAUCCAUUCAUUAUCAAUGUCCAUUCGGAUCUGGUUCAAAUGGUUGGAUCAGAACUAAAAGAGAUCCACAACUUUCCAUUACUGAUAUUUCUCAAUUGAACAAGACUGGAAUCAUGGUUGGAGCUUAUGAAGGAACUGCUUUUGCAACUUAUGUGAAAACUAAUCUUCCAGCUGCAACUUUUGUGCCAUAUUCUGGUAUUAACUUGCAAUAUGACGCUGUUUUGGAUGGAUCAGUUCAUGCAAUUAUUGGAGAUGCUAUUCAAUAUUACAAUUGGGCCAAUGUUCAAAUGUCAGGAAAAUGUAAUUGCACUGUUAAAACUUAUGGAAAUACAUUCGGUAUGGCCACUUUCACCAAUGUGAAUAUUACAACAAGCGGAGUUGACCAAAUCGGCGGAGGAAAUGUUUGGACCUCCUUUUUGGUAUUAAUAAUAGUUUCCAUUUUAGUCAUGUUUUAA